AUGGCCGCCCCCGCGACGAUCGCGCGCCCCACGGGCGAGACCCUGCGCGGCAAGCAGAAGGAGAAGGACGUGCGCAUGUCCAACAUCAUCGCCGCCAAAGCCAUCGCGAACGCCAUCCGCACGAGCCUGGGCCCGCGCGGCAUGGACAAGAUGAUCCAGCAGGGCAACGGCGAGGUGAUCAUCUCGAACGACGGCGCCACGAUCCUGAGCCAGAUGCAGGUGUACCACCCCACGGCCAAGAUGCUCGUGGACCUGUCCAAGUCGCAGGACAUCGAGGCCGGCGACGGCACCACCAGCGUCUGCGUCAUUGCCGGCGCGCUGCUGAGCGCCUGUGAGGACCUCCUGAUGAAGGGCAUCCACCCCACCAACAUCUCGGAGGCGUUCGGCCUUGCGGCUGUUAAGGCCGAGGAGAUCCUCACGGAGAUGGCCAAGCCCGUGGAGCUGACCAACCGCGAGGAACUCAUUAACUGCGUCAACACGUCGCUGUCGUCCAAGGUUAUCUCUGAGUACGCGGACCGCCUGUCGCCUAUCGCUGUGGACGCUGUGCUCAAGGUCAUUGACAUCGCUACGGCCACCAACGUGGACCUGAACACGGUGCGCGUGGUCAAGCAGCUGGGCGGCACCAUUGACGACUCGGAGCUCGUGGACGGCCUCGUGUUCAGCAAGGGCUUCGACAAGACGGCGAGCGGCACGGCCCCCACGACGUUCGAGAACGCCAAGAUCGCGCUCAUCCAGUUCUGCCUGUCGGCGCCCAAGGCCGACAUGGAGAGCAACGUGGUCAUCAACGACUACGCCGCCAUGGACCGCAUCCUGCGCGAGGAGCGCAAGUACAUCCUGAACCUGUGCAAGAAGGUCAAGAAGUCGGGCGCCAACGUGCUGCUGAUCCAGAAGAGCAUCCUGCGCGACGCCACCAACGACCUGUCGCUCCACUUCCUGGCCAAGAUGGGCAUCCGCGUCAUCACGGACAUCGAGCGCAACGACAUCGAGCACAUCGCCACGACGCUGGGCUGCCUGCCCGUGGCUAACAUUGAGUACCUGACUCCGGAGAAGCUCGGUACGGCCGGCCUGGUGCAGGAGGAGACGGUGGGCGGCCACAAGGUCGUCAAGAUCACGGAGAUCGUCAACCCGGGCAAGACCGUGUCCAUCCUGGUGCGCGGAUCCAACAAGCUGGUGCUGGAGGAGGCCGACCGCUCGCUGCACGACGCCCUGUGCGUCGUGCGCUCGCUGGUCAAGAAGCGCUUUCUGAUCUGCGGCGGCGGCGCGCCCGAGAUCCAGGUGGCCCAGAAGCUGGCUGCCUACGGCCACACGCUGGAGGGCACGGCCAGCUACUGCCUGCAGUCUUUCGCCGACGCCAUGGAGGUGGUGCCGUACACACUCGCAGAGAACGCCGGGCUGCACCCGAUCGGCAUCGUCACGGAGCUGCGCGCCAAGCACGCGCAGGGCCACACGAGCAUGGGCAUCAACGUGCGCAAGGGCACCAUUAGUGAUAUGUAUGAGCUCAACGUGCUGCAGCCGCUGCUGGUCAACACGAGCGAGAUUACGCUGGCCACCGAGUGCGUGCGCAUGAUCCUCAAGAUUGACGACAUCGUCAUGGUCCGGUAA